AGAGGGGCUCAGUGCAAGGACAACUUGAUAGAAUUGCUUUAUAGUAGGCGGCGUACUAUGCGUUUUGCCAGCUAUAAGUUUAGAACCAAUCAACGGCACAAGCGCUUCACGGCGUUAGCGCCUCCUACCUGAAAAAUAAUCGUCGUCGGAGCACGAAUGCCCUCCUGCGCCGCUCAGACAAAACACGGAACGGUCCGCAUAAUUCGCUCAGCACCAGCCGGCGCCCUAGAAAGCGACGGGAGCGAUGCCUCUCUGGAUGAAAAAGGGGGGUAUCCGUAUGUCAAAAUCGCACUCGCCCACACAAAAUGUCAAAUAUAGCACGGACUAGAUCCUCUACACUGCCGUACGCAACGAGCUUGACAGUGAAGGCAUCCACUGAAGCCAGCUAACUGGAACAAUGCACGGGUGUACGAUUUUCCCACCGUUUCUUUGAAAGCUAAUUUAACAGGGCAUACCUUCGAUUCGCGCUCGCUUAUGUUAUGGCGGAGCAAAAACUUCACAGAAGCUUCAUUUCUCGGCAUCUGGAUGAUACGGAGGAACAAAGAACGUCGGUGAGGAAGAGGAAUUUGCUUGUUUUGGUUCUUCACUACCUCGAGCAGCAAGGCUUAGUGAAAACAGCAGAAAGCCUCAGAGCAGAAUCUACGAUGAAGCUGGAGCAAUACACUUUAUGUGACAACAUAGACCUUGAGUUGAUACUUCAGGAAUUCGAGACGUUUCAGUUUGUAAAGUUUCGGAAACAGCCGCACAUCACAAAAAAGACGGAAAGUGAUGUACAAGGAACCCAGACGAACCAAACGAAAACUACAAAAACUCGAGUUGCUCAAACACAAGGAAGCCAGCAGUCCAGAAGCAGCAGUUUCAGUGGAAGUUUUCGGUUCAAAGCCUUGCAUCGCUUGGAAAGUGGGGAUGAGAAGUUGAAGUCUGAUUCAAUAUCACUCAAAGGGAAGCUCAUGGCUGAUGGUUCUUUUUGUGCGGAAAACGUCAGUAUUGACCGCCGGCUUGGAAUACAGAUCUCGAGCCCCACCGCACCACAGCUGAGGCUUCCACACAUGACCAGUGCUGCUCUUGGCAGCGAUUGGCUUAAUCUCGUCGACAUCAUAUCAAAGGAUAUUUACAUGGAAAGUCCCAACGUCUUCUGGAAGGACAUAGUCGGCCUGGACUCAGCAAAGAGGCUGAUUAAAGAAGCUCUUGUGUACCCCAUGAAGUACCCAGACAUUUUCUCUGGGAUUAUUGGGCCUUGGAAGGGCCUCUUGCUCUUUGGCCCGCCAGGCACAGGAAAGACCAUGCUGGCGAAGGCAGUGGCUACCGAAUGCAAAACCACCUUCUUCAAUAUCACAGCCUCUACAUUGAUCAGCAAGUGGCGCGGAGAAUCUGAGAAGCUAGUACGGGUACUGUUUGAGAUGGCACGGCAGAAUUCCCCGUCCACCAUAUUCCUGGAUGAGCUGGAUGCAUUAGUUGGUUCCAGGGGUCAAGGGAUUGUCAGUAGCGAACAUGAAGCAAGUAGACGCAUGAAAAGCGAACUCCUGAUCCAGAUGGACGGAUUAGUCCAUUCCAAGGACCUUGUCUUUGUGCUGGCAGCUUCCAAUGCUCCAUGGGACCUAGACCUGGCCGUCUUGCGGCGUCUGGAGAAACGCAUUCUAGUACCCCUGCCUGGCAAAGAUGCACGCGGGGCUCUGUUCCACAGGUUUCUUGCUGGGCCCCAUGGGGAGAAAUGGCCAGAGAAUGCUCCAGAUAUUGACUACGAUUGCAUCAGCGAGGCAGCAGAAGGUUAUUCCGGAUCGGACAUUCGUGUGGCCUGUAAGGAGGCACUGAUGAGCCGCUUUCGACGGGCCCUCGAAGAAGCUGAAAGGUCCGACGUCUCAGCAACUGCUGCCCUGUCGACAACUGGAGAGGCUUCCAGCUGCCCCAUUGCCCUGGAACCCGUAACCACUUCCGACGUCUUAGAAGCAGUAGCACAGACACGCCCCACCAGCCACAGCAUGGCCGCCCAGUACGAGGCCUGGCACAGGAACUUUGGAUCAGCACUCUCGUGAGCCUCAUCGGGUUGUGACCAUUCACAGUGUAGAGAUGUAUAGUAUAAGUGCUCUAAAAUACUGGGAUCAAGAAAUACGGUGUCAAGCAAUAGGGCAAGCAUUGGACUCAGUGGCAAUACAUCUCUGUCCCUCCAGUUUCAGCAGACCAGAGGAAGUUUAUAAAUAUGACAAAAGGAUUUCAUAUUUCAAUGCUAGCUAUAUCCCCUUCAUUUCAGAUGUAUAGUAUGUUCCCCAUAAAACGUGUGAUCGCUAAGCACAGGAAAAGCAAUCCAAAGACGGUGACCUGAUAAGAAUCUGCUGACGAAUGACCCCACAGACAUACCUAGCUAGCUGUUCCCUGCAUUCCUGACUUUACCGUUUAUUAGUAGUGUUUUUCAAAUAGGCGUAUAUUUGUGUCUGGUUAAAUUUGUAUUCAUCCACCAGUUCAAGGCAUGCAGAUGUGGGGACCGCAAAGAAAUUCGUAUUAAAGUGGCAGUCUGGAUAAAAACCAAAUUUAAAGAAACGCUAUUACAUGCUCUCUUAAGAUGCUUAGAGUGACUCGCAAAAUAUUUCGAGUAACUCCGCAGCUAAUAAUUUUUAACUGAAUUUUAUAGCAAGAGCUUUUUUGGCCGUAACGUCGCUGUCAGUAGUUCCCCCAUUUCUGUUGUGCCAAGCAAUCAAGCCACAAAACUUGCCGAUUAUGUUUUUCCACAUCUCAAAACAGCCCUUAAUCAUCCCAAUCUCCAGCGUACACCCUCGUGACAUCCUCCAAAGGUGUGGUAGCUUAUGCUCACAUGGGAUGUGGGCAUGUGGUUUGUUUUCCUCGAAAGAUGAAAGUCACUGAAAAGGUUAGCCAGCUGUAGGACUCGAACCCACAUCUUCUGGAUUGCCAGUCCAGGGCUCUACCAAUUGAGCUAAGCUAACACGCCUUCUCAGCGACUUCCACUCUCCACCACUCUCUCUCACUCAUCCUCCUUUCACUCUUACAUUUUUGCUCACUCAUACACACAUUCAUAUGACGGGAUCGACGCAGGCGGCAACUCUUGAACAUGAAAGAACUGAUGUUCUGAGGCUGGAACAACGUAGAAGGGACAAAUACAUACAAAGCCUCAAUUUGCCUAAGAAAUUCAACGAUGAAAGAUGAAAGUCACUGAAAAGGUUAGCUAGCUGUAGGACUCGAACCCACAUCUUCUGGAUUGCCGGUUCCUUGUUUAUGAUGAAAGCUACAAUGCUGUGCUGGACAAAAUUUUGCAUUUCACGUCUAAACUUAACUUAGUCCGCCAAUCGACAGCUCUGGCGAGUCAUUUCAAAGGGGCGAUCGCAUCCGUUCCAGUCGAUUUCGAAACUAUGCUGACAUUUUGUCCCUCGUUGACUGCUCACCACCACGGUAUUGAAAAUCCCACUCAAAAUAGUGGCUCAGUUUGACUAUUAUUGAAUUAAUUACGUGACAGGAGCAGACGCCAGAUGUUGAGAGUAUGCAGGAAUUCACCCUCUGGAAAAAGGUGAAAACAUCAUUCCCCACACCACCAAUCAGAGGCACAGGCUUGAAAAAAGGGAUGCUGCGGCAGUGCCUCUCCUCUGAGCGAGGCCCUCCCCCUCCUCCUGUCUCCUCCUGUCAGGGAGUGACGCCAUGCUGACCUCGUUACUGCAUCGUUGCGGAUGCAGCGACGACCUUUACAAAAUUUCAUUCCACAUCUAAGCACUUUUUGGACAAAAAAAUUAGCCAAGUAGAUUGUCGGCCAAUGCUGAACAUAAUGGUUCCAAUUUCAUAGACGGGUUUCUGCAUGCGACUGUUUCUUUAAGGUAAAUGACUUGUUACAGCGAUUCUACCGUACUAAAGAACCAGCACUUAUUUGGCAUUUAUUAUCACUACUGUUCUUUGCUGGGAUCAAGCACCAUGGACAGGAAUUUGCCACAGCAUAAUACGAAACGCAAAUGGCAUUUACUUGUACCGUGCUGGAUAAGUAUUUGAUGAUGCAGCCCGCAAUUUCGAUAGCAAUACCGCACGUAGGAGCAAUGGGAAACAAACAUUUCUGAGGCGAGAAUGACCUAAAGCACAUGGUUAUAUAUAUAUAUACAGGGUGGUCCACCAACCAUGAUAGAAAUUCAUAGUAAAAAACGUAGGCACC